UCAAUGUGAUCCCUUUGUGUAACUUAACCCGGUCCUUUACUAAAGGAGAACGGGUUCUGGAAAAGAAGCAAUUCCUUAAGAAAAAAGACAAGCUAAAGGAAACUGGCAGGAACGUAAAACAUGUAAAAUAUUUGGUAUUCUUAGUCCAGAUCACUAAGAGCAGGUAUACAAAGUACAUCCUAGAGUGGCUCAAACAGGCGAAGGAUCAGCAUCUCAAAGGGCUGAGGAUUCUUAAUAAAAUCAUCAAGAACAAAGGAGACACUCAGGAGUUCAAUAAGAUCUCUAAAAGUAAGUAUUUGAUAACUUUUGAUAAUUUUUGCUAUAGAAAGUUCAAAGAAGACUAAUCUAGCUCAGUCCUUACUACAUUCUAGCUUACAGGAGUAUUCUCAAGAGAAGUAUAAGACUAGUUAUCGGAAAAACUUCUGUGAAUUAGAUUUUUCCCCAGAGAAAGAAGUUCUAGCAAAAAGAAAGUUUACAGCCUUCCCAUGAAUAAAUUUUAUUUCAAAUAAAUUUCAGAAGUGACUUGACAAAUGGAUAUCCAAUGGUGCUGAUCUAAACGCAGCAAUGUUUGUUCUCCAUACACUUCAGGAUAUCUGGAGAAUAUGAGAGGAGAAAGAUAACUCAAUAGAGUACUCUAAACCUCCAGUGUCGUUGAGUAGGGGAACCUACAAAAGUUUUCAACCUAAAGAUUACCUUCAGAAUAAAAGUCUCAAUAGAUAUAUUACUCAUCGGUCAAAAUCUAGAAAUAACACUUCCAAUACGGUAGAGAUUGGACAGUAUUAGUUCUUCUUAAUGUGUUUAGGAACUCAGAAAUAAAGCAGAAGCCUGAGCUAAUGAUUUCACCACAAAAAAGGUGCAGACUAAAUAUCCUUAAACAAAACUCGGCUGAAAGGUGCAAAAUACAACACCAAAAGUUGUUAAAAGGGAAGAAAGACCUCCUGUGUUACACUCAGAAGGCCAUUGAGAAGAACACUUCAGAGUACAAGAAGUCUUACAGCCCCAUAUUCAGACCCCUGACUAGCAAAGUAGCUGGUUGUUUAAUCAAAAGAUCUAAUUUUAUUACAGGAGUCACUAAUUCUUUGGUUCCUGAUCCUUACCUUUACAAGAAGACUCAACAGAAGUACUCUGUGUACCAGGAUGAAAUUAUAUUCAGAAGUAAGACUAGCAGUAUCAGUAAAUCUUUCAGAAAGAGUAGGCAAGAUUUCAAUACAACUAUUCCUUCAAGGCUGAAGAGGAUAAACUAUAGCAUUGAAUAAAUUCAGAGUAUUUUCAAUAUUAAA